CUCAGUUGUUAUAACUUAUACGCAACCAGAUUGGGUGUUGAGUCUGCUCACUUAACUGGAUUCUUAAGCCCAUUCCUUUCUCACACAAAAUUCAGCCCAUUCUCCCCAUCUACGGUGCCGGCUCAACAAACCUAGUCUCGGACCAAUUCGAGCGGAACGGGAACUUCGCCGAUUUCGCCCGUCGCCCGUCGCCGUUCUUCUUCUCCUUAUUCCGAGUUUUGCCAGUUUGGGCUCAGAGAGAGGGUUUUCUUCACUUUCUCACUAAUGACAUCCAAACCCAGUCCCGCAAUUACUACAACCUACUCUCCGACGCCGUCCUCGAAAAAAACACGGCCUGAUGUCGAUUGGGUCCGACCCGACAGCCGUGGAUUCCAUCAAUGUCGCCCCGCAUAUAAAUGUCGACUCCACGCACUGUUACAGAAUUUAUUGCCUCGCGUUCAUGAAGCUUCUUGAUCCAGUGCGAAGGACAGCUGCUGUAAAUGCUGCUGCUGGAUCUGCCUAUGCCGAGUUUGGAAAUACAAAGGUCAUUGUUUCUGUAUUCGGACCCAGAGAAAGUAAGAAGGCAAUGAUGUAUAGUGAUGUGGGCCGGUUAAAUUGCAACGUUAGCUACACGAAAUUCGCUACCCCAGUGCGUAAUCAGGAGGCAGACUGUAAAGAGUUGUCGUUGAUGCUUCAUAAAGCUCUCGAAGGUGCCAUAUUGUUGGAAACCUUUCCAAAGACAACAGUAGAUGUUUUCGCUUUGGUGUUGGAGUCUGGAGGCAGCGAUCUUCCUGUGGUAGUGUCCUGUGCAAGCCUUGCCCUAGCUGAUGCAGGGAUUAUGAUGUAUGACCUUGUUGCUGGAGUUUCUGUGGCCUCUCUCAGUAAAAAGAACCUAGUGAUUGAUCCAGUACAAGAAGAGGAAAGCUCUCAAGAUGGAAGCCUAAUGCUGACUUGUAUGCCAUCAAGAUACAAGGUUACCCAGCUAACCAUUACCGGGGAAUGGUCAUCUGCAAACCUUAAUGAGGCUAUGGAGCUGUGUCUCGAUGCUUGCUCCAAGCUUGCGAAAAUUAUGAGGUCUUGUCUGAAAGAUGCUGCAUCUUUAGCUUCCCAAGAGUGAACAGAUGAAAUAGUUUUUGUAGUAAAAGCCAAUGAAGGAAAGGGACAGAGUGGUUCGAGUUUGGGUUGCAUCCAAAGAGACCUGGUGUUGGAGCUUGGGAUGAUAGAACGAGUCCCUUGAUACUUAUUGCUGGGAAAUUUUGAUUGUGAUUAUGUUUUCAUUCAAUGGAGUUAUCACUCUUUUGAAUGCUUCCCAAAACCAGCAAAACCUGUUCCAUAUUUUGAGCAUUUAGCCAUUUGAAUCCCUCCAUAGGUGCACUUUGAAAUUUUAUAGUAGGACAAUGGACAAGCGCUGUAAAAAGGACUGAGAUAGGGUCAUGUUGAACAGAAGGCCGACUGUCUUCAACAUAUGUUGGAAUGGCACAUAUUAUGGGUGCCUCAACCUUUCUGCUUCUUUAAUCAAAGAGUUCUUUUAUAGUAGAGGUAAAAAGUGAAGAAUGGGGUUCAAGUGAGAUCAAAAUGUGCCGUUAAGCUUUGCUCCUAACUUGGAAUUCCAAGACUUGUAACACAGAGAUGCACAUAAGAGAUCCAACAACUUAUAUUCACUUUAUCAAAUAUUAUAUAAAUACAGGAAAUACUCAAACUGGAACAGCAGGCCUGAGAGAGACUAUUGCCUUCUUCAUCCUCUCCACAGCUGCCUGCAAUGUGGGGAGGGAUGCUGCAUACGAGAUCCGUAUGCAUGUGUCGUCUCC